GAAGAACGCACUUCCCAUUUUUCGUCCCUUUCCACUGCGUUGCCCAGCCUAGUUCUGCGGUCGUCGCCUAGCGCGCCCUCCAGAGGUCUUUCACGAACGCCGACCUGGUGUCGCUUUAAUUCUUUCUUUAUUCAAAGCUCUCAAAGCACACCGUUCCUUCACUUUCGACUUCGCUCUCCGAUACUCCGUCGCAAUGUUCUCAAAGGCUCUUUCUUACGCUCUCCUCUCCCUCACUAUCGCCGGCUAUGCUGCUGCUGCCCCGCACAACAACGCAAAGGCUGACACCUGCGGUACCGCGGUGAGCACUGUGACGAUGACCGCUACUGUAACCGCCUCCGCAGUUACAUCGACGCCUUCGGUGAACAACGCAGCCACCAGCAAAGGCUCGGGCUCGAAGAGUUCGGGCAGCAAAUCAUCAGGCUCAAAGUCGUCGGGUUCCACGUCCUCAGGCUCCAAAUCAUCGUCGGGGUCCAAGGGUAGCUCUGGUUCCAAGACCUCGUCGUCCUCGGCAGCUGCAUCCAGCUCGACUUCGACAGCCUCCUCAGGUAAUAAUGCUGCGUCUAGCAAGGGCUCAACCGGCAACAACGCCGCCACCGGCACUGGCUCUACCGGCAACAAUGCCGCAGCUGAUGCGCUCCAGUCAUCAUUGACUCUCGACAAGUCUGUGAUUGCCACGGGCUUCCAGAAUGACGGCCAGUCCCAGCCCGCCGCGGGCCAAGUCGCCUCCAAGACCUCCUCCAACAACUUCAUCAACUUCUGCGCGACGGUGCCGCAGCUCCCUAUCACCAACGGGCAGCAAAUAACGACCGGCUCAUGCAACCCCGCGCCGAUGGGCAUCAUCGCAUCCACGUCCAACAUGCCCUCCUCGAAAUUCGUCUUCCCGCAGAACUUCGGCACGAUCAAGGCGAACACGGCGUUCACCGUGCAGAUGGCGAUCAAGAACCUCGAGACGGGCUUCUUCGUGAACGCGCAGGAGAACUACUUCGCUGCGCCCCAGUUCACGAACGCGCAGGGCCAGGUGCAGGGCCACUCGCACGUCGUCAUCGAGCAGCUCGACAGCCUCACCCAGACGACGCCGACGGACCCGACCAAGUUCGCGUUCUUCAAGGGGUUGAAUGGUAAGGCGCAGAACGGCAUCCUCACGGCGGACGUGACGAACGGGCUCCCGGCUGGUGUGUACAAGAUCUCGUCCAUCAACUCGGCGGCGAACCACCAGCCGGUCCUCGUCGCCGUCGCGCAGCACGGAUCCCUCGAUGACGCGGUAUACUUCACGGUGACGGACGACGGUAACGCUGCAGCGGGUUCCAACACCACAGCUGGCAAGGGCGCAGCUGCCUCGAGCUCGGCAGCCGGCAAGGGCAACAACGCCGCAGCCACUUCUUCCGCCGCCGCCACGUCCUCCGCCGCCGCGUCCACCGCGACCGGCGCCGCCUCGGGUCUCGGGAACUUCGGCACCUGCAGCGUCCCCCAGAUCAAGUUCGCCGCCGGCCUCGACGGCAGACGGGAGACCGCCUUCCAGGCAGUUGACCAGAAGUCGUUCAACCACGGAUCCGCGGACAACAUCCAGGUGAUCACCUCCUUCAUCUGCGGCCAGAUCCAGAGCGCGUGCAAGGGCGACGCGACCGCCGCCGCGACGUGCCAGAAGGCGCAGGCGGCCGCGCUCGCAGCCACCCCAGCCAAGUCCGGCGCGCAGGCCGAUGCCUUUAACAACGUCUUCGGCAUCACCACCAACUUCGCCGCAGUCAAGGUCGUCGCAUGAGGGGCCGGUUGAUGUUUGAGAUUAAGUUAUGGUUUCGUUUUUU